AAACACAUGAAUUAUAGAAUAUCAGGAUUCCAUGUAAAUCCCAGUCCUUUAAAUUCUAAAUAUUUAAUUGAAAAAAUGAUGUGUCAAAUCUCAAAGCUGAUAAUAUUAAUCUGCAAUAUUCAGUUAAAUAAUUGUGCCCAGAAAGGUAUUUAAAAGGUAAAGAUAAUGGCUUUAUAUGCAAGUAGCUAUCUCUUUCUAAAUGUUGAAUUGCAAAGAAUUUACAGGGUUUUUUUUAAUAGACAGGGAACAAGGCUGAAAAAUAUUAAAUGGAUAUUAAGGCAAAGCUGUUUGAAACAAUAGAUUUCUGUAGUGAAAGGCACUGCAUUAGUUCAGGAACACAGUUCAUGACACUGCAUGCACCAAUUAAACAAAGCUCCGCUAUAAAACAAGAAAAGUAAACAAGAUCCAGAAACUCUCCACCUAUGGGUCUGACCUCAUUUGAGACAAAGUGUUUGUUUUUGUCUGAUUAAUCUAAAUUUGACAUUCUUUUAGUUUUGAUGGGUGCACUCUGUAACAAUCCAGCUAUAUCACUGGAAGGUUUGGAUCAGCCAUCAAACAGGACAAGAACAGACUACAAAGGACUGUGAGGUCUGCAAAAAAAUAAAACACACCCUAGACGUGACCUCUUUCAACUAUUCCCCUCCAGUAGGUGCUAUAACAAGCAGUGUCACUACUAGAAUUUGGCAACACUGGGACCUUAAACAGGUUGCACAGGUAUUCCAACUCCUCCAGGAAGGUACAGCAAUACUUGCCAUUGCCAGAAAGCUUCCAGUGUCUUCCAGUAAUGGUCUUAAGAGCAUAAAGGUUCCAAGAGACAGGCAGUUACUUUAAGAGAGCAGAAAAGGUACCUGCUCCUUUGUGCAAGGAGGAACAGCUGGAAAACUACAAAAUGACCUUCAGCAGACUUCAGAGGGUGGCCGGAACAUUGAUGUCCUCUAGUGGGUCCUGUGCUCACUAGAGAUUAUAUGUAUUCAUAUCAUUAGCAGGUAAUGUAGAUGUUUAAAUGUUGGGGAUUUAAAUGUUAAUCGGAGUGGUGAUGAGUGGGAGGAACAACAGCAUGGCUCCAAACUGAAAUGGUCUCACCCAGUGGAAACACAAGACACACUGAAAAGAAAAAUGACUGACCAAGGCUCCGAACUGUUUAAUAGUAAGACUUUUACUUCAAAGCUCGAACAGUUUGUCUCCUGAGUUAAUGCUUUCAGAAAGAAGAAGAAAUGCAAUACAUUGUCCCUCUAUCAACUGUUCCAUUUCCACUUUUUAUAUUUGCAAUUUUCAGUCAAGAGCAGCAUUUAGUUGCUAUUUGCAUGUUUAACAGACUUUUUUUUUUUUUUUAAAACAAGGUUCUAUUUUUUUAAGCAUUUGGAUGCAGCACUUAAGCAAAUGUGGGCUGGUGGAAAUUUAUUCAAGCAUAAAUCCUGCCACUGAAAAACAAGACACCAGUGUGAUCUUGCAGAAGAGAAGACUGAAGCAGAGCUGUGUGUAGAAUUUUUUUUUUUUUUAUCAGAAUUUUAUCCUUUUUUAUUCCUAGAUUGAAUUUUGGCUUACAAAAAUGGGGAUGGUUGUAAUAUUUGUCCUCUCCAGCUUGGUGGUGGGUUUUGCUUGGGGUGAGCUGAUUUUAGAACCAGACAGACCCUCACUGAGUGUGCCAGUCUCUGAAAAUGCUUCACUGGAAUGCUGCUAUAAAUCACCGUCGGGGAGAGUGAAUGUCCACUGGAUCCGCUAUUAUAACAAAACUCAGCAGAUUUUGUUAGAUAAAACAGCUGUGCUAACAGCUGAAUCACAGAAAGAUGCUGAACCACAGAAAGAUUCCAAAUCUGAAAAAAUAUAUUGUGCCCAAUUGAACUUCCCUGAAGUAAAGCUGGAGAACCUUGGAUUUUACCAUUGUCAGCUGAAUGAUGGUGGCAACACAUAUUACACACAUGGAACCUACCUGCGUGUCUACAAGCCAAUGGAGAAGACCAUAAACCUGAGAGAAACCACCAAAAACAAGAUCCUGAUAGCUGAGGGAUUCUUACUGUUACUGUGUGUGAUGCUGCCUUCUGCCAUUCUUCUGUUCAAGUCAAAGAAGCUUAAUGAACUGGAGAAAAAGAAAGCAAAGAAAGAAGAGGAAAAUAUAUAUCAGGGGCUAAAUCUGGAUGACUGUUGUGCAACAUACGAUCAGAUUGAACGCUCCCAAGCACAGGGCCCAUACCAGGAUGUGGGCAACAUUAAGGAAGAAGAGGAAGAAAUCCAGCUGGAGAAACCAUAAAACAAAGUGAAUAACAGACAGUUACGAGUGUUACAUGUAAAUAGCAGGCUUCUUACAACACGCUCUGAUUUCAGAGUUUUGUACUCUGAAGUUUUUUAUUCUUUAAGAUUUUAUCUGUAUUUGUCAAAACAAUCAUAACACAAUAUCCACUGGUCUGCAACCAAGAUUUUAGAAAUACUUCCUUAUCAACAUAUCAACUAUAAACUUUUUUUUCAGUUUUUUUAUGAUGUUUUUAAAUAUACUCAUUUACAUUUUUAAAUAUAUGUAGGUGUUUUGCUUUAGCUUUUUUAUUCUAAUUUUGCACACAGAUUCCAGAAAAAAAAUGACGGGUCAGACUGGUUACGUAUGUACCCCAGGUUGCGUUGUCGGCUUUUUAAAUAUUCAUUGACGUGCAUCUGCUACAAUUAUGUGUUUUUUGCUAUUUCUGUGAGUGCUGUAAUAAUAA